AUGAGGUUUUACUUUAAUGCGUUCCGCUCUAGAGUGAACUCCAGGGUGUUUUUCCUCAAAGGUUUAAGAAUUACACCGUUUCUUCUGUCGCCUAUAGUCCCACUUUCGAUGCAAUGGUUUAGAGGACCGUUAUUGAACAAUUCAACGGCGCUAAUACCCGAUAAAAAAGGGGAUACUUUCGAGAUGGGCUUAUACAUUUCUUCACAGAAGCAAUUACAGGAAGAAGCCGAAAAAGAGCGUGAAAGAAUUAUAACUACUAGUGUUAUGCCCAGUUUUUUUAAGAGGAUUUUGUAUCGCAUCAAUGAUGUUAUUAUAGAACCGGUUUUAACAUUGCUUCGAUUUCUAGAACUUUCAUCCAUAUUCAUUCCGUUGUUAAUAAUAUAUCCAAUUACAUGCCUUGGACAUCAUAAAACGCUAAAGGUUGAUUCGAAUAGAGUUGUGAAGGAGACAUCAGGUUCCCUUUUGUGGUUUAAACUUCUAAGAAAGGCUUUAGAAUUCGCUGGUCCUACAUUCAUAAAAUUAGGUCAAUGGGCAGGAUCCCGUACUGAUAUUUUCUCCGAGGGUUUAUGCGCAGAGUUGGGGCGCCUACACAGCAAUGCUAAACCUCAUGCGUUGAAAUUUACAAAAGAAGCCAUUGUUAAUUCCUUAGAUAGGAAAUAUGAGUUCGAUGAUAUAUUUGAUGAAUUUAACGAAAAACCUGUUGGAUGUGGUGCCAUCGCCCAGGUCUACAUAGGAAAGUUAACUGAAUUAAUGAUGAAGAACUUUGAUAUUAAAACGGAUAGUAGGUAUUUUGCAGUGAAAGUGGUUCAUCCAAACGUACCGAAAAAGAUAGACCGUGAUUUAAAAAUAAUGACUUUCUUCGCCGAUAUGAUCGACUCUGUACCCACCAUGGAAUGGUUGUCCUUACCAAAUGAAGUGGAGCAGUUUUCCAUAUUGAUGAAGUUGCAACUUGACCUACGUAUAGAAUGUCAGAACUUGCAGAAGUUCAAUGAUAAUUUUGCUGACAAUCCAAGAGUAAAGUUCCCAGUCGGCGCUAUGGAUUUAUCUUCUCGUUAUGUACUUUUUGAAGAGUAUAUUCACGGAUUCCCAAUGGAGAAAUUUUUAUCGAGUAAAGAUGGUUUAAAGAGAGUCGACCUUUGUAGAAAAGUCAGCGAUCCAUUUAUCGAGGCUUUUUUGAAAAUGUUGAUUCUGGAUGAUUUCAUUCAUGCAGAUUUGCAUCCGGGGAAUGUCAUGAUUCGUUUCAUGAAAUUGAAUAAACAAGAAACAAAGGUAGUAUCUUCUGAAAAAGAAAUGUUUCAAAUUGUGCACAAGUUAAGAGCAAUGUCAAGAGACAACGACCCUGAAUUCAUUCCGGAGAUGAAGAGAGUAUUUGAGGAAUAUGAGCCUCAGGUAUGCUUAAUUGAUGCAGGACUUGUUACCGAGUUGAACGAUCGCAAUAGAGUGAAUUUUAUUGCACUAUUUAAUGCGUUGGCCAAAUUUGACGGUUAUCGAGCAGGUGAGCUAAUGAUCGAACGUUCACGUACACCAGAAACUGCGAUAGACAAAGAUUUAUUUGCAUUGAAAGUGGAAAAAUUAGUCAAUAAAGUUAAGAAGCAAACAUUCACUUUGGGCACUGUGUCAAUAGGAGAACUUUUGGAUAAAAUGCUAGGAAUGGUAAGACAGCAUCACGUAAGAAUGGAAGGUGAUUUCGUAUCUGUCAUUGUUGCUAUUCUAUUGUUAGAAGGAAUAGGUAGACAGCUUGAUCCUGAAAUGGAUCUCUUUGCAAGGUUCGUAUUAUUUGUCUUAAUGAAUGGAUUUUCAUCCACUUGA